ACAACGAAGACAUGAAGUUUGGACAAACAGUUAGCUUAGCCUCAUAUCCGCCAUGUUUGCGUGUAUUUUAGCGUUAAAUACAACCCACCGGACGUCCGUGUUUACUUAGCGACGAGCUAUUGUGGUUCUGUUGAGUCAAUAAUGAGAAACUUGACAAUGGUUUGUUCUCAGUUCAUAGCUGUGCUCCUCCUGUGCUUUCCGGGCGUUUUUUCGGCCCAGCAGCCGCACAUCGUCUUCAUCCUGGCAGAUGACUUCGGCUGGUAUGAUGUCGGCUACCACAGCUCAGAGAUCAGAACCCCAAACCUGGACAAGCUGUCAGCCGGAGGAGUCCGCCUGGAGAACUACUAUGUGCAGCCUCUGUGUACCCCCUCCAGGAACCAGCUCAUGACCGGCAGGUACCAGAUCCACACAGGCAUGCAGCACCAGAUCAUCUGGCCCUGUCAGCCGUACUGUGUGCCUCUGGAUGAGAAACUGCUGCCCCAGCUGAUGAAAGAGGCGGGGUACGCCACACACAUGGUGGGCAAGUGGCACCUGGGCAUGUACAAGAAGGACUGCCUGCCCACAGCCCGCGGCUUUGACACGUACUUUGGCUACCUGACAGGCAGCGAGGAUUACUUCACUCAUGUCCGCUGUCAUCCCAUCUCCUCUCUGAACGUGACCCGCUGUGCAUUAGACCUGCGGGAGGGAGAAGAGGUCGCCACUGCGUUUAAAGGAGACUACUCUACUGAGCUGUUCAGCCAGAGGGCCACCAGCAUCAUUGACAAACACAACCCCAACAAGCCGCUCUUCCUCUACAUGGCGUUGCAGGCGGUCCAUGCACCCCUGCAGGUGCCGGAGCGCUACGUGACCCCCUACAGUUUUAUCAAAGACCCCCAUCGCAGGCUGUAUGCCGGCAUGGUGUCGGCCAUGGACGAGGCAGUGGGCAACAUCACUCUGGCUCUGCAGCAGAGAGGACUGUGGGACAACACAAUCCUGUUAUUCUCAACAGAUAACGGAGGUCAGACGCUGAGCGGUGGCAGCAACUGGCCACUGCGAGGGAGGAAGUGGUCGCUGUGGGAAGGAGGGAUCCGGGGAGUCGGAUUUGUCGCUAGCCCGCUACUGAAGCAGCCGGGGACAGUCAGCCGCGAACUCAUCCACAUCUCCGACUGGCUGCCAACACUUGUUGGCCUGGCUGGCGGGAGCACCAACGGCACAAAGCCGCUGGACGGAUUCAACGUGUGGAACACAAUCAGCUCUCUGCCUGCCUCCCUGACCAGCGUCCUGCUCUUGUAG